AUGGGGAUCCAAGGCCUGCUCCAGUUCAUCAAGGAGGCUGCCGAGCCUUCCCACGUGAAGAAGUACAAAGGGCUGACGGUGGCUGUGGACACCUACUGCUGGCUGCACAAAGGCGCUUAUGCGUGCGCUGAAAAGCUUGCCCGAGGAGAGCCCACGGAUCUUUAUGUAGCUUUCUGUAUGAAACUUGUUGAGAUGCUCCUUUCAUUUGGAAUUAAACCAAUUUUGGUAUUUGAUGGAUGCACCCUACCCUCUAAGAAGGAAGUGGAAAAGGCCCGACGAGAGAAGCGUCAAGCCAGUCUUCUGAAGGGGAAACAAUUGUUGCAGGAAGGGAAACUGUCAGAAGCCAGGGAAUGUUUUGGGCGCAGUGUAAAUGUUACCCAUGCUAUGGCUCAUGAAGUUAUUAAAGCUGCACGAGCCAGGGGAGUUGAUUGCAUUGUUGCUCCUUAUGAAGCUGAUGCUCAGUUGGCUUAUCUUAAUAAGAUUGGCAUUGUUCAAGCUAUAAUUACAGAAGACUCUGAUCUUUUAGCUUUUGGAUGUAAAAAGGUGUUUCUGAAAAUUGACAAGUUCGGAAAUGGACUAGAGAUAGAUCAAGCUCGACUAGGAAACUGCAAACAGCUUGGAAAUGUGUUUACAGAAGAGAAAUUCCGCUACAUGUGUAUUCUUUCUGGUUGUGACUACCUUGCAUCAAUAUAUGGAAUUGGGUUAGCUAAAGCGUGCAAGUUACUAAAAUUAGCCAACAAUCCAGAUAUUAUAAAGGUUAUUAAGAAAAUGGGGCAGUACUUGAAGAUGAAUAUAACAGUACCAGAAGAAUACAUACAGGGUUUUACACGAGCCAAUAAUACAUUCCUUUAUCAGUUAGUUUUUGAUCCUCUCAACAGAAAAUUAGUUCCUCUGAAUGCAUAUGGGGAUGACAUUGAUCCAGAAACACUAAGUUAUGCAGGACGACAUUUUGGUGAUGAUACUGCUUUUCAAAUUGCCAUUGGCAACAUCGAUAUCAAUACAAUGGAACAAAUUGAUAAUUAUAACCCUGACACUGCACAGCUUGUGCAACAGAGAAGUUGUGGCUGGAAUGACAGACGUGGUAAUCAUGUAAAUAGCAUUUGGAGCAGAGAAUACAGGUUUGGCCCUACCGAAGAUACUAUUCCUCCUAAAAUGCAUUUACUGGACAAACCAACAACCAAAGGCAUGGAGAAAAUAAUCAGUGUUAAAGGGCUAAAACUUCCAAGCAAAGAGCUCUUGGCAAAAAGGUCAAGGAGUGAUUUGGAAGAAGUCUCAGAUGGAGAUCUGUUGAAGCAAUAUUCAUCUACAAAAGCAAAAAGAGUCAAGAAGGAGGAUGAUCAUGAGGGUCAAGCACAGAAGAGUGUCUCAGCAAUACAAAGCCUUGAUUCUUCAGGAAGUUCUCUCACUCAAGAAAGCUCUAACUCCCUGCCCAAAGUUAGAAAUAAAUUUGCUUCCUUUUUACAAAGGAAAAACAAAGACAAGGAUGCUGUAAUUGUUCCAGGAACAAGAAGCAGGUUUUUCUGCAGCGAUGCAAUUAUGUUUGACAGUAGAGCAAAGAAGGAUGAUGAUAAUGAUCUAACUCAAGAUACUGAGCAGGAUUGCCAGAAACAGGAAAUAAAAUAUGUAGCAGAAGAUGUCUCUCAGUUUUCAGAAACUGAAAAAUCAGCCAGGACUGUCUUUACACCUCCCGGAGAAAUGCCGAAAAGUUGUUUCCAGUGGUUUAGCAGCCUCGUAAGUAAUUCAGGAAACCCUGGUCCAUCUCAUACUGUAUUUUCACAGCAGUUUCACAGAGAGAGAAACAAUUGUGUUGUAUCCCAGGAAGAUCAGAUUAAUGGGAUUCAAACAGAGAAUGAGGCAGUGUGUGAUGAAUUGGAGGAAGAAUCCUCCCCCUUAAUAGAACUGGAACAGUCAUCACAAUCUCAUGAGUCCUGUGAACCAUCAGAAUCUAGUUUGGAGUCUUCAGAAAUAUUACAAAUGUCCAACAACAGUUCAGAUGCAAAGGAAUCUGACUCCAAUUCAAAACUGGCUGAUGAUAAACCUACUCUGUCUCUGCUAUUUUCUGCUGUUCGAACUGACAAAAAAAAUACAAUCAUGAAAACUAAGGUUCCUGGUUUACGUAAAUCCAUUAGUACAAGAUCACGUAUUGUAACGAAGCUCAAACCAUGGGUACCAGCUAAAGUAAGUGGAUUAAGCAGGAAACUGUCACCUGUGCAGAAGAGAAGUGACUGUGAUGCUGAAAAUAAGCUGGGACUGCAAGUUACUGUUAGUGAACUCUGGAAAAGCUUCCAAUUUAAAAGAGAGUACAAAAAACUGCCUUCUUGUAGAAAGUCAGAUCCUUUAUCUCCAAUCAAAGAUAAUAUACAGCUCACUCCAGAAACAGAAGAGGAAAUCUUUAAUCACCUGGAACAUAGUCAUGUUCAGAGAGCUAUAUUCCAAUGAACUGCAUGCUCUUCACAAUGGGAUAGAUUUUUAAUCAUUGUCAAAAUUUACCUACUGGAUAUUUCAUCAAUAUGGAAAAGUUGCUUUGAAAACCAGCUAUAUGUUUUAGUCUGACUAUUGAUUUAUCAUCUCUACAAAAGCGUGAAUUGAAAGGUACAGUUCUAUAUUGACUGGAAUAAAAUAAUUCAGAUUCCUGUGUUCUCUUAUUCAGAGUCCCCUUGUCAAAUUUUUGUCCAAACAUUUUCUCUCUGUUGUCCCUGGGCAUUUUAUGUAGGUCACAUGUGCAAUCCAAGUUUCUGCAAUAGCUAUUGUAGAAAGGUUUUGCCUUUGCACAACAGCAGCAAAACAAGUCUAUGUCCUAAUUGUUAAUAAUUACUCAUUUUUUGCCUCUUCCUUCUUUCCUUUUGAGCCUAAUCUGGCUUCAAGACAGGUUUAAAACUGCUCUUCAGUGUCCAUAAAAGUCUGCAAUAUACUUCUAGCACUGAUAACUAUUUUUUCCCUAUAAGGUAAGAUUUGCUCUCUCAACAGUUACCUUUCUGUUUGAUACAGUCAUGUUGUUAGUGGGAAUAACUUGAGGACUGCAGAAAGGAAUAUUGCAAAUAUUAGCUCCUCAAAUUCUCACAUUAAUAGAAUGAUAUCCAGAAAGGUAUAGUGUGUUCCUCUGUUUUACCUGCUUGUUCCACAUUUGUAUUCUUCUACAAUGACAAGACACCCAAAAUGCCGGUUGUUAGAGCGAGGGUUACAAGAUAGCAUUGUCAUCACAACUGGCCAAGCUUCAGUGUUAAACUAAAGGGAAAGAAUCCAGAGACUAAGGUCCUUGCUAUGUUUGACUGAAUUACCACAAAAUAGUAUGAUGGGAUUUCAGAUUUCUACCUUUAAAAUCAGGAUUUGAGUUCAAUGUAAAGGUAUAAAAAGAUAUCUCAGCCUGUGAAAUGUAUCCUUGCCAUUCCUGAGAUAAUACUUUCCCUUCACCUUUGAGUUUUUAGUGAGAACUUAGAGUUUGAAAUUGGUCUCUGAGGGGCAGGGUUUUUUUUAGUUGCAAUGUACUUUUUUCUCUUUAAGAGAAUUUGCAUCUAUGAAACUAAGGUGGCCAGCUGCAUUACGUUACAAAGAAGCUGCUUAAAAGAGUAGGCUAUGUGAGUUCAGCCCUCUUAUUUGUACAGUGGUGUUGAAGGAGUGGGAUAUAAGGAAUUGAAGUAAUGAUGCUCUAGGAUAGGCUUUCUCUUGUUUGUGCAUCACUAGAAAAUCCCUAGUCCUGAAGCAGGGCUUGAUCUUCAGUGAUAAUUAUCUCUGGUAUGACGUUACAAAUGUAGGCCAGGCAUAAAUGUUUCUGUGUUCCCAGUCACGGAACUACUGCCGAGAAUGAAUUUUUGUGUUCCUAAAAUAUAAUAAAAAUUACAAAAUGAGUCUUUAAGGGAAAACAUUAAA